UCAUGUAGACUGUUGAUUGGAAACCAUGUAUAAUAUAAUAUAUAAUAAAUAAGACAUUCCAACACAAGCAUUUUCUCAAGCAAUAACAAGUUAAGGUUGUGUAUUACCUAAAGAGAGUGUUCCAUUUUUAAAUGCAACAUUUACUCCAACUAGAGUGAUACCAAGUGUUGAUACUAGUAAACAAACUAUUUCAAGUCCUGAUAAAACAUAUGCUGAAUUCGGAACAAUAGAUGUUAACAAUAAUUUAUUAAAGUAUUAAGUUGAUUUUACUACUAAUUAUCAAAAUAAAUUAGUAUAUGGUACAUUAUACACUUAACCAUUAUCAAUGAAUUAUUCUGUUUGGGUUCAUUAAAAUAAUAAAGUAAAAAUAAGGAUUUAUAAAAAAUAUAGACUAUUGCAUAUAAAUUGUAUGAAUGUCCUAAUAUGACUAUGGAUUUUACUAUUACUUAAGUGAAUUUGGAAGGAUUAACAGAAGUAUAAAAGAUGCAAGUUGUAAAUGCAAUGAAUUCUAUUAAAUUCUUAAAUCCAAUGAUAAAUUAAUAUUAUUAAGAUCAUUCUGAAACUUUUUGUUCAAAAUUGAAAUUAUUUGUAAGUGAGAAAUUAAUUUCUAAUAAAAUCAGUUUCAAUAUGUUUGAAUAUUAUUAGUUGGAUGAUCCAAAUCCUAAAAUUAUUGAAUCCAUAGAGAAUAUAAUAUUCUAAGGACUUAAUUUUAAUGAUUAGAAUUAUGUACUUGGAUUAAAUGUUGAAAUUUUUAAUUAUUAAACAGAAUACACAACAUCAUUAGAUGUACAUUAAAUCAAAUUAAAUACAUACUCUUUUGGAAUAUCUAUGGAUCUCCUUAAAACUUAUUUUAAUUAUGGAGCUGAGAAUGGAAUGUUUGAUGUUACUAUUACAAAUUCUAAUUUUCCAAUUGAUGGUUUCUCUUAUAAAACAGGAGAUUUAAGAACUAUGAUACCUUCAGCUUAUUAUUCCUUCAAAUUAAAUACAGAACUCAUAGUUUAAUGCAAACUUAUUACUCAUAGUUUUUUAGGAUUGACUGAUUUGGCAGUGAUAAACAAUAGUAUUUCAAUUUAAUUAGGACAUCAUUGUUAAGUGAUUACUUAAGGUAUUUUAAUAACAGGAUUUGAUAUUGAUGUUGAAAUGAAAUUAGCAGUCAGAGAAUUUUCAGAAUAUAUAGAUUUUGUAUAAUUAAUGUUUAAUUAAAUUAGUUUAUUAAGGAAUAUCAUUUAUUAUUAUUAAAAUUCUAAGAGGAACCAAAUUAUGGUAUUUGGAGUUUGAAGAAUUUAGAGAGGUAUAUAAAAAAUAAUUAAAUUUUUAGUAUCAUAUAAACAGGAUUAGAAUAAAAUUUGAUAGGUAAAAAUGUUUAUGGAUCUGGAUGGUUAAAAAACUAAUUGGGUCCAUAAAUUAGUUAUGGAUUUUCUAGUCAAACUCUAGCUAUUUGGAAUGCAUAAUUGAUUUGAUU